CGUUCGCCUACCAUGGCAAACAUGAUUCAUUCGUUGACCCUCCUCAGCCUUGGCACUUCGAUGGCAUUUGCCUGGGGAAUUGGGAACCGCAGUCCCCAUUACCCUGUGUACGGCGGCCACUCUCAGCUCCAGCCCGGGAUCACCUCCACUGUCACAACGACCCAAGUCACGACCAUCACGGUUGGCGCGGCGUCUUGUGAUGCGGUGUACAUACCGACUACGACAACCGUCCUGCCCUGCACACAUGGGCCGAUCUCGUCAGGACUCAGUCCGGGCAACAGUAUCUCCAGCUCUGCCGGCCUCGGUUGGAACAGCAGCAUUCUUAGCACUCGACCGACACUGGCCGGGACGGGCAGAACGACCAUCGAGACAGCUAAGCCGGUUAACACGUCUCUCCCUCCGGUGAACUCCACGGCGACCUUCACGACAGAAUCGGACGCAACCGUUGUGGUCACUGUCACGUUGACAUCCUCCGCUGUGGCUACCGUCGGCGUUUCCGUGACUUCAGGACAGCCGAUUGGAGUCCCCUCGAGCUCCGCGUACUCAAACUCCGGGACCAUCGGCACUGACUCCCCUAGAAACACUUCCGCGGGUAUCUCAACAUCUUACCAACCCAGCAUGACCUACAAGACGACAUCCUCGGCUCCACCUAGCCUCACCUCCGCCACCCCGUCCAACAGCACAUCAAAAGCUAUACCUGUUGUCUCCUCGGCUAACAACACCUUGACAACAGCCACAAACAAGCCGCUCAACACAACCGCCGGCCUCACCUCAGUCGCACCAGUCGGCCCCAGCAGUAGCACCGGCACAGGGAGCGACACCACCCUGGCCUCGCCCUUCCCGUCUACCACCAGCAGCACUGCGGGUGAUGACAAUGGAGGGGAAUAUGGAUACGGCGGCUACACUUACUCUUUCGCCUCGCCCACCACUCCAUCAUCGGUUCCCAUUUCUUUUGUCAGCGACACCAGCAGCGUCGACGCUAUCGGAGCGACUACUACUACUAAUACGGCAAGCACAAGCACAAGCACAAGCGGGAGUGGCAGUGUGAUUACGGACUCGACGCUUGAUCACCCCACCGCCACCUCCCCCACUACUAGUAGUACUGCUACUGGUAGCGCGCCCGCGACGUUGAUCACGAUUACUACUCAGGCCGCGGCCAGUAGCUCGCUGGCUGGGGAUGGUGGCUAUGGUGAUGGAUAUGGGUAUGGGGUGACGUUGCUGAAUACAGCGUUGGUGCUCGAGAGUGCAGCCUACACCUGCCUCCUCGGGUUCUUACCUUUAUCGCAGCACGAUCCCUCACGGCAGACACAGCAGAUGAGUAGUAAGCGGAUGAAUCAGCGGUAUGGUUUAGCUUGCUACUGGUAUGUCGAGUCCGAGAGUCUGCUGUAUGCUAGGAUCUACAUACAAUCGUUCUCAUUCCUUCGAGCUCUCUACGCCCAAGCCAUCGAGAGCCUAGAAUCCGUUCAGCUACGCCUCCUCGGUGAGCCACGCGGACAUGCCGGCAUCUUGUGGAGCCCUACGGAUCCAUACUGA